AGCGACGGCGGCGGCGGCAGAGCAGUUCAGCGCCAGGCACAGCCAGCCAGCCAGUCUCUCUGCAGCCUCGGACGCAGCAGCAGCCGCUGCCGCCAGUCUCGACGGCGAUGCAAGCCUGAGCGGCGCCGUCUCGUCCUCCUGCUCCUCCUCCUCUUUCUCCAGCCGAGCCUCCUUCCUCCGAAGCCGGCUUGCCUUCCUUCCCCGCCGCCGUCCGAGGAGACCCCAGCGGCGCCGUUAUAUGAAAACCUCUCGCUAACCAUGACGGGGGUGUUGAAAAGAAAAUACAAUGAACUGGAAGACGACGCCCCCUACUUCUCCUCAUCUUCCUGCUCGCCUUUCUCCUCCUCAUCAUCGGCGUCAUCAGGCUGGGAUUCAGACGAGGAAAACUCACGAGGAGGAGGAGGAGGCAUCAAGCCCAGCUUGGCCUUGAGCUCCGAUUUCACCCCAACCUCCAUCCUGAAGAAAAGCAAACGGUUGAAGCGCAACAAUGUGGAGUUUGACCGGGUUACCGUCUUCUACUUCCAGCGCUGCCAGGGCUUCACCAGCGUGCCCAGCCGCGGGGGCUGCACCUUGGGCAUGGUGAGCAAGCACGGCUUCUCCCGGGAGUUCACGCUGGCCGAGUUUUCCAAGGAGCAAGAGGCCGUCCGGCGGGAGAAGCUCAAGGAGCGGUUGAAAGAGGAGAAGCUGGAAGCCCUGAAGUGGAAACUCACCAUGAACGGUACGAAGGAGUCGGAGGAAGCCAACCAGCUCACCACAGAAGACAUCUCUGACGACGACAUCGACGCCAGCGCCACCGAGCUGGAAGACGGCUUCUUCCUCCAGCCGUACCCGGCCAAGAAGAGGCGGGCCCUGCUCAAGGCCAUGGGCGUCAAGAAGGUCGACAAAGAGGAGAAGCGGGAGCUCCACAGCAUCCGCCUCUCCCGGGAAGACUGCGGCUGCGACUGCCAGGAGUUCUGCGAUCCCGAGACGUGUAGCUGCAGCCUGGCUGGCAUUAAGUGUCAGAUGGAUCACACAUCGUUUCCCUGCGGCUGCACGAAGGACGGCUGUGGCAACACUGAGGGCCGGAUCGAGUUCAACCAAGCCCGGGUGCAGACACACUUCAUCCACACCAUCAUGAAGCUGGAGCUGGAGAAGAACCAGCCGAGCCCUGAGAGGAGCCCGGAGCCCGAGCCCCUCUUCCGGGACCGGCUGCACCCCUUUGGGCGCCCCGUGGGCAAGGCGGCGUUUGAGGAGAGGACGGUGGCCCUGGCGCCCGCCUUCCAGUUCAGCACGGAGCUGGAGGCCAUUGGCGAGAACAGCUGCAGCAGCGACACGACCGAGUCCUCGGUGUCGUCCAACCAGAGCGAGGACCUGGAGGAGGCGGCCCCCUCCGAGAAGUCGCAGUCGGACGUGGACGACGACGGCCUGGCCCGCAUUCUCCACUUCAACGACUCCGACACGGAGGACGACAGCAGCGCCGCCAGCAACUGCCAGGACAACCUGAGCUCCUUCCACCCGACCGGCUUCUUCAGCGUGGACGUGGAGAACCAGUGCGCCGCCGGAAAGUUUGUCUCUGGCCACCCUUUGAGCCAGUCGUCGAACAUCACGGGGUGUUUGGACGAGAACGCCAACCAGGGGGUGAGCUGUUUUCUCGAGGAAACUUCUCCCAGGGCAGCCCAGGCUGCGGGCUUUCCUUCCUCUGCCCCCUCCUCUUCUUCUUCUUCCUCCGCCACCCCCUGCUCAAUGGAGCAAGGCUCCAGGAGCUACAUGGAUCUGAGCCUCUCCUCGGACUCUCUGGAUUUUUUCCAGUCCUUCUCAGACUACAACCUUGGACCGCUUUACAAUUCUUUGAAGGAGUACGAGAACCUGGACAACUUUUCGGCGCUGCAGCUCCAGUUGCCGAAUUUCCCGAGCUUGCCCCAGCCUGGGGACCAGAGCCCGUGCUUUCUGGAGUCCCUCAUUGGCCUGUCCGAAUCUGUCCCAGAAACCCCUGCGCCUUUUACAGACAAUCAACUCCUAGAAGAUGCCAUCAAAUCAUCUCUCAUGGAAACAGUGAAGGUUUAAAUGCUUUUGUUUUUGGAAAACCCGAGGAGGACGGGGGGGGGGGAAACCCCGCGAGAAACUGCCAACCCCUUGUGCAUAAACACCCCUUACCGGAAGAGAAGGAAAUGCUACGUGAUAUUUUGUUCAGAUACCUUUUUUCAAAUACUUUGGAGGAAGACAAAACAAACUCUGCAGCGGCAAUCAGUUUUCUUGCUGUUUGUGCAAAAACUCUCAGCGUUGGGGUUGGGGAGGUGGGGGUGGAAGACGAUUUUUGCUAAACACAAUUUACCUGCAUUUUGUAUUUUGGGGUGGGAGGCACGUAAGGGAGGGGCAGGGAAAGACCUCAUGAGAAAUAUGUUGCUCGUCCACAAAGCACCUUCUGUGAACGUUUUCAAAUGUUUGCAGACAAUUUUCUCAAGCUACUUUGGGAAGUAUAUAUAAUUAUAUUUAUUGUGGGGGUGGGGGGAAUGAUAUGCUGAAGAGUUUGCUCUUGCUUAAAUGGGAAGAGGUUUACAAGGAAGCAGAAUAAAUGACACACACACACACUAUUAUAUUCGUAAUUCCGCCCCCAUGCCCUCUAUUUAUUGCAAACCUCCAGAGUUUUCAAGUAGCCUCCAAAGCUUGAACUGAGCGUCGAAUCUUAUUUAAAUUAGUCAUACCUCAGAUGUAUUAUGUGUACAAUCAAUUUUUUUUUGCAUAAUAUAUCUGUAUUUAUUUAUUUUUGUGUUCAUGCCUGGGUAGGACUGUGGUUUAUCAAGGACCUGCAAAUAACCCAAGCCUGCCUCAUUGUUCGGAUGCCCCAUUUCCCCCUCUUGGUUAAAACACUGAGGAGGUGUUAUACUUUCAAGGUGGUAAAACACACACACACACACACACAUCCCCUGUCUUUCACAUAAGCCCCCAUAUCCACACUACAAACCAUUCUGGGCUUCUAAAUGGAACUUCUGAGAACUUUUGUCAUCUUAGGUGAGAGUUGAGAAGACUCCCUUGAGAGAUUCCCUAGCCCCUCUUCUUGGAUCAGGGAAGGGAGAGCCUGUGGACCUUCUGGAUAUUGCCAGAGUAGGACUCCCAUCACUGCUGGCUUGGGCGUGAUGGGAGCCAGGGAAGCUUCAAGAGUUAUGGGGCUCCAUAUCUGUCUUAGUGGGCCACAGAGGUUACUAUUAGGUGGUUGGUUUUUAAAUCUGUGCAGUAGCUUUGCAGUGCAGAUAUGAAUGGGGAAGUGGGGAGUGUUGUUGCCACAAAUGGUGCAAGUGAAAGGGCCUCCUUUUGGCUCACACACCUGCGGUGUCGGAGAACCUUUGAAUUUCUGAGCAUGAAAGACACUCUAUGCGUCACUGCAGCGCUAUGUUCUGCAGGACUCUCCAGCGUUGUAUCACAAGGUUGUAUGUCGCUAUAACCGUUUUGAAAAAUGAAACCACAGUUCCAUUCUUUUGUGUGCGGUGUCCAUAAUUCUGCCAGGGGCAAUUAUAAGGAGGCUGGGAACUAUGAAGAGAGAGAGAGAGAAUAGUACCGUAUGAACUAUUUAAAGAAGAGAGAGGAAAGGUUGAAAUGGUGUGGUAAAUUAUUUUGUAAUUUAUUUAAUGUCCUUAAGGAUUUGGCCAUGAGAUUUUUUUUUUUUUUAGAACCAAUCUGAUCUAUUACUAUGCUGCCUGAAUAUAUAGAGGAACCAAGUCUGGAGCUGCCAAGGUUGCAAUUUUUUAGAGGAAUGGAAAGAGAAAAAUAAAAAUAAAUGGGGGGCGGGGGGAGCAAAAGACUGUGCUUGCAAGCCUCCAGGUGCUUUGGGAUAUCUUUGGGGGUGUUAACCCACAAUCUUUAGCCAGGCACUGCGGUUUCAGUGCAGACUGCCCAUGGUGCUAUUAGCAGGAGAUGGCAGAAUCAUCCAGAUAAAUUGUGCACCUCUUCUUUUCAAAGAUUAUUCUCUAGUGAAUUAGAAUCCCUCUUACCAGAACAGGUCAAGGAUGGAGCUGCAGUGUGUUUUUUAUAUACAGUGGUGCCUCGCUAGACGAAAUUAAUUCGUUCCACAGGUCUUUUCUUAUAACGAAAAAUUCGCCUAGCGAAUCCCAUAGGAAUGCAUUGAAUUUUUUUUGAAAUUUUUUUUGCCCAUAGGAACGCAUUAAUUGAAUUUCAAUGCAUUCCUAUGGGAAACGAAUUUUUCGUAAAACGAAUUAGUCUAGCGAGGCAACCUCCGCUCGAAAAAUCCUUUCGUUAAGCGGAAAUUUCGUUAAGCAGGGCAUUCGUUAAGCGAGGCACCACUGUAUAUACAUGUGUAAGGACCUAGUCCUGGACAGCAGUCUCUGCAAAUUUUUGAAAGGCACCGUAAGUUUUAAGUGCACCUCAUCAUUUGGAAGCAGAGAAUAGAUUUUUCUUAAGCACACAGAAUAUCCACACACCUUUUAUAAACAAACAGAUGCAAGUAAUUUAAGAGGAUCGCAAUCUUUGCUGCUUUUGCCAUCUUGUUAAAAUGCCACAAGAGAGGGAGAGAGGCAAAACACCACCCCUUAAACCCUAGCAGGGAGCUCAACCAAUUUGAAAAGGGAAUCUAGUGGAAAUGGGAGUGAGUGAGAGGCAGCUUCAGGGACAUAACUAAUUAUUCUCCUCUGCUGCCUUUGGCUGAUGCUUCUUGUAAGCCGCCCCUACCUAGUUUGUGGCCUGGCCUCUCACUUUGCUGGUGACCUUGAUGUGGCACUCAGACGAGGGGAAGGUUACCUCCAGCUGCCCCAUGGUGCGCCAGGCGCAAGCUGUGGCUGGAUUAUGUGGGGCAUGUGAACUUCUAAACUGCUCAUCGCACAAGAAGGCCGACACAUGCAUACUUGCCCAUUGGUAAAUGAGUCGCUUGGCACAUAUAUUAAAUCUGACAGAUUAUCCGUCUUUUACGCAGGUGCGAGUUCCUAUGCCAGCAGAGCCAAUGUGUGUCGGUCUAGUUUGUUCAGGGAUCCUCCUAUAAAACUCGUAGCUUUUUUUUUUUUGAAAGAGAGAAAGUUAUAUGAUCCUCUUAACAGGGCACCAGCCAAACCAGAGAGUCUUGGUUGUAGCUGGUGGAAGCCUUGCAUACAUUGAGCCUCUGGGCUCCAUCCACAGGGAGUAGCAGAUUCAUACCCAAAUAUAUGAAGGUUUUAAGUUCUGCCUUUGAUCAUCCCGAUGGUCAGGACACUGCAAUUGCAGCCUCAGAGAACUGGGUAAAUUAAAGAGUUGCAACAUGCCAACAUCUGUUGAGCAAUACACACUGUCAUGGUGCUAUCCUGGCCCAGGUAAAGGUGUGUCCUUAACAUACUCCCCCAAAUUAAUUUCCUCCAGUUCCCCUUAAACUACCGCUUCGGAUUUGAGAGGCUGCUUCUAUUAGCCGAAACAAAUAAUCAUGUCCCACCCCACCCCCCGUCUCCCACUUUCACAUAAAUAGUAAUAAAUUGACCCGAUUGCUGCCAUCUUCACUAGAAUUCCCUUAGGUCAUGAAAAAUUGACAUUUCGGCUUUUGUUGGUUAACCUGAUGGUUGGGCCUAGUGGUUGUGCUUCGGGGUGUGUUUGUUUUUAAUGCGGUCUAAGCUUCGUUAAUGGAAAUAGAUGGAAUUCUUGCCUCUCCUGAGAUUGGAAGACCUGCACUUUGACCUCCCAGAGAUGUACAAAGCACCCGGAAUUCCUUCCACAUGGGUUGGAAGGACUUUGCCCCAUCUGGUCUAUGCAAAGAGGGGUUUCCCCCCCUUUAACAAACCUGAGUGGCAAAAGAGAAAAUGUCUGGCAUCUAGUGCAAAGGGGUUAUCCCACUGUGAGAAAACUUUAGACAUCUGCUUAACUAUACAUACGUGUAUAUAUACGCCAUUUUUUAUUUAAUUUGUGGGAGUCUUUUAAAAUGAAAACUUCAGCCUACUUUUUUUAUUUAAAAAAUGCUUUGGCACAUGGGGGUGUUUUUUUGGUACUGCUUUUUCUAUUUUUGUUUUCAUUCUUUGGCACUAAAGCAACAAUUUUUAGAACAUUCCUGCGUUUCUUUGCAUACGUCAUUUUAAAAUGAAUGUUGGGAGACUGAGGGUGUUGGAAGACCCUCCUGCCUUCAUGAUCCCCCCCCCUCUAAUUUAUUCAUUUCUUUGUUUUGUUUUGUUGGUGCCAACUUCCUGCUUCUUCUCACCCCAGGGUGCACUGAUUUGUAAAUAGAUAUAUAUAUUUCCCCCCUUCUGUAUCUUGUAUAAAAUGUUGCCUGUUCAAACCAUUUUCUUUUUUAAAAAGAGAGAGAGAGAGAGAAAUCUGAAAAACAAAAUUGGGUAUUUAUUGACACAAUCUGUAAUGAUCUAAUGUAUUGAUUGAAACUCUUUGGUUUCAACAGCUUUAUAGUGUGUGUGUGCUUAACGGUGCCAAAGGGUACCAGUUUAAAAUACUUUUAUUUUUAACCCCCAUCCCCCAAAUUUUCAUUUGUAAGUAAAAUGAAAAAAACAAAAAAGCAUCCUUUGCCUACAAGCUGCUGUCUCUCAUUUCAUACAAGCAAUAUGAAGAAAAUUUCAUUACACUUUCAAAUAAACAAACUCUUUUUUUGGUUUGGAA